GGAGCGGGGAGGCAUGGGGCCGGGCGGGGGUCGCUUUCGGGCCUGCGCUUGCUUUUUCACUGACAACCUCUUCGUGCCGCGCUACAGUCUCCACGUCCGUUACGCGGGGGAUCCGGAGCAGCUGCGGAGGGAUUACGGGCCGGCAUUAAGACAACGUGGCUGUAGAAGCGAGGAAGAAUUCAAAGCAGUAAUUGAAGAGCUUGAACAAGAAGUGCAGAGGAGGAAGGAACUGGGCUUCCGGUCAAGAGAAAGAAAAAGAAUUAUCUCCCAGAGCUACAGACCACGGCAUCCACAGCUGUAUACUUUACAGGAAUCCUUCCUGGCACCAGAAUUUCUAGAAACAGUCAAAUACUGCACAUCCCAAGAUGCUACGCUCCAAGGGGUCCUGUGCCGUGUGGAAGCCAUAUCAGCAGAGAAAAGAAUCUAUCGCUUACCACUGUUCACCAAGGAAUUCUGCCAGGCUUUCAUUGAGGAGCUCGAGAAUUUUGAGCAGUCUGAGAUGCCCAAGGGGAGACCCAACUCUAUGAAUAACUAUGGGGUUCUCUUAAAUGAACUUGGGAUGGAUGAAACUGUCAUCACACCUCUGCGGGAGAAAUACUUGCAGCCCCUCACAGCGCUGCUUUACCCAGAUUGUGGGGGAAGCUGUUUGGACAGCCACAAAGCCUUCGUUGUGAAGUAUAACCUGCACGAAGAUCUCGAUUUGAGCUCCCACUAUGACAAUGCAGAAGUGACACUUAAUGUCUCCUUGGGCAAAGACUUCAGUGAAGGCAACCUCUACUUUGCCGAAUUCAAGCAGGAUGCCAACCCUGUGCCAAAAUACAUCGAAGUCGAACACGUGCCUUUCCACGGAUUGUUGCACAGGGGAGGGCAGAUGCAUGGAGCACUGCCCAUCGCCUCCGGGGAGCGCUGGAACCUGAUUGUCUGGAUGCGGGCAUCCAGUAUUCGGAACCAGCUCUGUCCCAUGUGCAACAGGGAGCCUGAAUUGGUGGACGCCGAGGGAUUUGGAGACGGGUUCACCAGGAGUCCUGAAGACGAACAGACCAAGACUGUGGACGUGUGCUCUGUAACAUAGGGCAAUGCCUCUCUACUUCAAUAAAGAUGUUAGUGGCAGGAGGGAAAGAUGGUAGCUAUAAGGAGCUUACAUGGGCCAAGCAAAGAGUGUGGUGUGUUUUAAUUAACCAGCUGCUUGGGCGCCAGCUUAGGAGAAAAGGGGGCUAGCGGACAAUGUAGCAGGGCGAAGCUGCUGUUUGGGACUGGAGGCUCUGUUGGUGGCCAAAAGGGAGAUGCGGGGGGGGGGGGGGGGGGGCUCCAGUUGCUGAUGCUUUAGAACACAUAUUGGAACAAGCAAGUUUCCUCUUCCAAAUGUGAAUCAAGCUGACAGCUCAUCUCUUUCUUACCUCCAAACUUCAAUGCCACCAUCCUUUUGUUUAUGUUUCUCCCCAGCUACCCACCUUGCCUUACUCAGUUUCAUGUGAGCUUCCACUCCUUUGGCCAGUUUCCUCGUGUCUUCAACCAACAUGGAAUUCAACUGUGGAACUGAAUGCAGCUACAGGCACCAGUUGGGAUGGCUUUAAAAAGGGGAUCAAACCAAUGAAUGGAGGAGGAAGUUAUCAGAGGCUACUGCUCCUGAUGGUUCUAUGUUUAUGUGCAAUAUCAAAGGCAGCACAUCUGUGUAUAUACAGCAGUCACUGGGGAAAAUGGGCAAGAGGAUGGACCCUUGACUGAUCCAGCAGGGUGCUUCUUACAUGUUUGUUAUGUCUGUGUGAGCCUCUGUAGCUUAAAUUCAGCCUUGACCAUUAAUCUGCAUGUGCUUAUUAAUUAAAAGUAGUAAUCCGUUAAAAGGAGAACCAAUUCCAA